UUUUAGAACGGUUUCCGGAAGUGAUGGGAGGGAUUGGGCAGGGCAGCUAAAUAUAGUCCUGGAGCCAUGGCUCAGUCUGGGAGGGUCUUCCACUGAGCACUGUGUGCCCAUCACGCGUGGUGUCCACUGCCAGCUUCCCCUGUGAGUCCCUGUCCUUGCUUGGAGCCUGCUGCUUGUCUCAGAUCUUUGGACGCAGCCCUGACCCCAGUCCAGCUAGGCUCGACCCUUACCGGUCCUCCUUCCAGUGUCUUUCAGCCUAAGAUCUCCAACCAGACCUGCCCGCCAUGUCGGCUGCGCCCGGCCUCCUGCACCAGGAGCUGUCCUGCCCGCUGUGCCUGCAGCUGUUCGACGCGCCCGUGACAGCCGAGUGCGGCCACAGUUUCUGUCGCGCCUGCCUGGGCCGCGUGGCCGGGGAACCCGCGGCGGAUGGCACCGUUCUCUGCCCCUGCUGUCAGGCCCCCACGCGGCCGCAGGCACUCAGCACCAACUUGCAGCUGGCGCGCCUGGUGGAGGGGCUGGCCCAGGUGCCGCAGGGCCACUGCGAGGAGCACCUGGACCCGCUGAGCAUCUACUGUGAGCAGGACCGCGCGCUGGUGUGCGGUGUGUGCGCCUCACUUGGCUCGCACCGCGGUCAUCGCCUCCUGCCUGCCGCCGAGGCCCACGCACGCCUCAAGACACAGCUGCCACAGCAGAAACUGCAGCUGCAGGAGGCAUGCAUGCGCAAGGAGAAGAGUGUAGCUGUGCUGGAGCAUCAGCUGGUGGAGGUGGAGGAGACAGUGCGUCAGUUCCGGGGGGCCGUGGGGGAGCAGCUGGGCAAGAUGCGGGUGUUCCUGGCUGCACUGGAGGGCUCCUUGGACCGUGAGGCAGAGCGUGUGCGGGGUGAGGCAGGGGUUGCCUUGCGCCGGGAGCUGGGGAGCCUGAACUCUUACCUGGAGCAGCUGCGGCAGAUGGAGAAGGUGCUGGAGGAGGUGGCCGACAAACCGCAGACUGAGUUCCUAAUGAAAUACUGCCUGGUGACCAGCAGGCUGCAGAAGAUCCUGGCAGAGUCUCCCCCACCCGCCCGUCUGGACAUCCAGCUGCCAAUCAUCUCAGAUGACUUCAAAUUCCAGGUGUGGAGGAAGAUGUUCCGGGCUCUGAUGCCAGUCCUCUAA